CUAACACCAGGACCAGACAAAAUGGGUGCCCUUAAGUAUGUCGAGGAACUUCAGAAGAAGAAGCAGUCGGACAUGAUGCGCUUCUUGAUGCGCGUUCGCUGCUGGGAGCUUCGCCAACUGAAGGUCAUCCACCGCGCCAGCCGUCCCUCGCGCCCCGACAAGGCCCGCCGUCUUGGGUACAAGGCCAAGCAGGGUUACGUUAUCUACCGCUGCCGUGUUCGCCGCGGUGGCCGCAAGAGGCCCGCCCCCAAGGGUGCCACCUACGGCAAGCCCACCAACCAGGGUAUCAACCAGCUCAAGUACCAGCGCUCCCUCAAGAGCACCGCUGAGGAGCGUGUCGGCCGCCGCUGCGCCAACUUGCGCGUUCUCAACUCGUACUGGAUCAACCAGGACUCGACCUACAAGUACUACGAGGUCAUCCUUGUCGACCCCCAGCACAAGGCCAUCCGCCGCGAUGCCCGCAUCAACUGGAUCGUCAACCCCGUCCACAAGCACCGCGAGUCUCGUGGUCUCACCGCCACCGGCAAGAAGAGCCGUGGUCUCGGCCGUGGCCACAAGUACAACAACACCACCGCUGGUCGCAGGAAGACUUGGAAGAGGCACAACACCCUCUCCCUCUGGCGCUACAGGUAAAUGUAGCGCUGAGGGCGUUGCGUGGUGUCUGGGACGUCUGGUCGAAUCUUUCAAGCUUAUGGACUGGCGUGCAUGGAAAAGGAUACUCUGCGUUGUGUAGCCUUUUAUUGGGCGCAUGACGAUGGUCGAUCAGGACUGCUAAAAUAAAUUUCAUGGAUUCAUGAAUGGAUGAAUUGCAUUAUACCCC